CACCAUUCGUGACAUGCAGUGGGGAACUCAUGAUCUGGGGAACAGCAAGUAGAUAAGGAUACCUUAGAACUCAUCUGCAUCGCAAGACAACCCGACGCAGCAAUGGAAUCUCCUCAAACUCCAAUGGGCGGCGCUUCCAUGUGGUCAUGCCAGGCAUCACCACCGACUUCAGGGACGAGGAUGUGCGGGAUAGGAUGCAGUAUCAACGUGAACGACUGGGGGGAGCUGAUCAUUCGGAAAGUUGUGGCCGGGGGUCCGGCAGCGUUCUCCUGUGAGAUUGCGUGCGAUGACAUCCUGUUGCAAGUGGAUGGGGUGAGCGUGGUUGGCGAGACGCCGGAGGAAGUGGUAAGGGGAGGCGACGGGGAGGCGACGGGGAGUGACGAGGGGCAGGCCAAACGGAUUGUCGGGCCCGAGGGUAUGCCCAUCACGCUGAUGAUAAGGUUCAGAUCGUUCCUUGAGGGCAGAGAAAGUAGGAUCAUGUCCUACUGUCACGCAUGGUGGACUGAAGCUUGCGUCUUGUGCAGCCUGGGUGGAGAAGGUGGUAGCCUUGAUUCGACAGCCGACGGUCCACAUGCCCGAAAGACUGAGCGAGGGGCGAGUUGGGGUGGGUGUGGAAGUCGUCUCGGACGAGCGCAGGCUGGAGGUGAAGAGACUCCAGCCCGGAGGUCCUUCGGCCACGAGCGGGAAGCUGAAAGUCGGAGACUCCAUCCUCAAGAUCGACGGGCAUGACGUAGCUCGGGAGGGAGAUAGUUUGGAC